UUAACUCACCCUGCAAACAUUUAUUUGUGGUUUCAUGUUGUGAAAUUUGUUGUUAUUAGAGUUAUUAAAUGGCGAACAGAGGAAAUAACAGAAAAGAUCACCAUAACUCCGGAUGCAGACAAAACACCAAUUAUCCAAAAGGAUCUUUUAGAUCUGGAUAUGGCGCAAAUCAGGGGAAUUCGUCCUGGAGACAUGGCAGAGGCUCCGGGGGCAGAAGUUACAACCAAGAUUGGAUUGAUGAAAGGAGUGGAUGGAAGAUCCGUGGAAUUGAACAUUACUCUUACAGAAUGCCAACUCAACACAAUUUAAGAAGAAACGGGAAAAUGUGGAGCAAUAACAGAGAAACAAUUGAAAAGGGCCAUUAUAAUGAGAAUCCUGGAAAUUCCGGGGAGAACUUUUUACAAAAUCCUGAUGACUUACUUCAUAUGAAAGUGCCUUCUGAGUUUAACCCAGCUGUCCCACCUCCUACUCUGUUUAAGAAUCCCCAGCACACACAUUAUGCCGAUCCGGAUCCGGCCCACCCAAGGCACCCUUUCCCGCCCGGUAGACAAUGGUUAACAGGAGUAAAAGAAACAGUGGGGAAAAGAAAGAGAUCGGUUGAAAAUUAUAAAACGGAGGGAGUGCUAAACGAAAAACUAAAGAAAAUUAAAACUGAAAUCAAGUGUGAAAGCAGUUCAGAUGAAUAUGAGGAAACUAAAACUAUUCGAAUCCUAAGUACGAAAGAGUUAAAUCCACAGAAAUAUUUAAAACAUCGGAUCAAAGAAUAUAAAGUGCUGGAGUCCAGAAUAAAGGAGAAAGCUUCGGAUGGAACUCUUGAAGAACUCUUGUUGGAGGAAAGAGAUGCACUUAAAAGUAUAAUACUUGUAGAAAUCAAAAAUUUGCCGCAGAAUUCCCUUUUUCUUAAACUUAUUAGUGAUGAAGACGACGGCUGUGAGGACGUAGAAGAUUCUGAGGAUCUUGUCGCGGAUCUAGGAAAACAUGGAACAACAAAAUCAUUUAUCAGAUUUCUAAAUUUUAUCAGGGUUGAAUAUUUUGAAAGUACGAUUAAGAGUCUUUUAUCCGUCCCUGUUGAUAAAACAAGGUUUACUCUUCUCCAUUCAACCUUCCCACAGCCCUCUUUCAGACGGAGUAAAUCAGAGGAUAGUGCUAAACAAACCCCAACCGAUGUCGGAAAAAAUGAGCGUGAAAAUGAUCUACGAGAAAAUGAAGCUAGAAGUAGUCGACAAGAUACAAGAAAAACAAAAUCUGAGGAGAGGAAUUCCUCUGAAAAUGAAACUGAUGAAAUGGAAAUUUUGAGUGAAAAACCGCGAAGUUCAUCAGCUGAAAAUGCGCAAACGAUUUCUGUGGAUUAUCAAAAGGCCGACAAUGCUGCAGAUACAAAAGAGGAGGAGUUAAAAUUAGAUCUGGAAGAUUUUAAGGAGAACCAGUUGGGCAAGUUCAAACUAAGGUUUAAGAAUAUCAGUCGGUUUAAAACUGAAACCGAUGUCAGAUCACAUUUUUCAAUUUUCGGAGAUAUUUACCGGAUUCAUUUAGAGGACGAAGAACCAGUUUCACCAGGAGAUAAACUCAAAGGGUUUGACACUGUCUACAUUGAGUUUGAGAGUGGGCACAGCAUGUACAAGGCCAUACUAGAAACAAAUCUUGGAUGCAGAGUUUCAAAAUCUUGCCUUACAAAGACAGGUUUGAUAAAGUAUGGUUAUCCAGUGGAAGAUGAACAGUUGGAGCCAUCCUCCACAUGGUUUCCUAAAUCUUCAAAUAAUUUCUUUAAAUCUUGUUCUUUUGAGAUGGAAAACGAUUCCUGCUCAGCGAACAAAAACCUUCCCACUCCAAAGAUGACUAGUGAAUCUUCUAUUCAAGAGCCAAGCUCAUCAAAACAAGAGUGUAAUUCUUCUAUCUCUAAUAUUUCAGUAAGGUCUCUCUCGGAAUUAAAAGAAAAAGAAAGCUAUUAUGAAAAAAUUGAAUUUAAGAAGAGAAGAAAUUCAUGUGAAAAUGGAAAAAAAGACGAGAGUGAAAAUUCACAAAAAAGAAAAUCUAGUGAAAGACGAAAGAUGGAGAAACGAAGUAAAGAACGCAGUGAAGAAAGAAGCGAAUUUAAACAAAGAAGGCAUUCUAACGAAAGUAGAAUGUCAGAUUCAAGAGAAAGAAAAAAAAAAGAUCGACGAAACCGAUCUUCUGAAGAACAAAUGAAGGAAGAGGAUCGAAGCAAUCAAUCUUGUAAAGCAAAUUUACCGGAUUUAAAGUUAGAGUUAAGCAAUUUGAAACAACGCGGAGAGAAAGAAGAUGAAAGCUGGGUAUGCAGUGAGUGUGGAACCUUUAAUUUCCCUUACAGAUGGUAUUGCUAUAAGAACUUACAACAGAGAUGUCAGGGUACACGACCACAAAACCAUAAGAAAAGAAGUUUGCGUAAUUAUGGACACAGUCCAGAGUUAAAUUUUACCAAAUACCGAGAACAGAGGCCCUCUAGACGACUAGAUGAGGAUGGACGGAGGUCCUCUGGACGAAUAGAUGAGGCUAAACGUAGGCCCUCUAGCCGACUAGAUGAGGAUGGACGGAGGUCCUCUGGACGAAUAGAUGAGGAUGAACGUAGGUCCUGUAGACGAAUAGAUGAGGAUGAACGUAGGUCCUGUAGACGAGUAGAUGAGGAUGAACGUAGGUCCUGUAAACGAGUAGAUGAGGAUGAACGGAGACCCUUUAGAGGACUAGAUGAAGAUGAAGGAUGUUUAGUGAGCGAGGAUACAGAGGUUCAGGAUGAUGGAAGUGAAUCUAUUAGGUUGAAUAGAAGGGAGGUUGAGGAGGAGAAGAGAAUACAGGCAAUGCGGAAUAUACAACUAAAGGAGAAGUUAAAUAGGACGGAGGAGGAGGAGAGUACAGAGGAGUUUCGGAGGCACUGGGACAUACAGUUGGAGGACAGUCGGAGGCAGAAAUAUCGGAGGGAACAGGAUAGAGAAUAUGUUCAGAGCCUUCGCUCCGGUGUCGCUGAGCUUGAACCCGGAGAACUAGUUAGUCCUAGGAAGCAUUUUAUAAACAUCCUUUCAGAUCAAUCAAUCGAUCAAUCACCCUCGGCACUAUCCUACCGAGGAUCCCAGGACCGCUCUGCGACUUCGAGACUAAGUCCUGAAAUUCAACUGGUUGAACCUGAUAAACAUCUUUCCUCUGGUUUAAAACCUAACUUUCUUUCUCACUCAGAAUCCAACGCUAAUACCGAACCUAUUCUACAAAUUCGGUCUCAAGGUUUUGAAACUCGGUCACAGAGUUACAAGACUCAGUCCCAGGGACUUAAAUCUUGUGACACAGUGUUACGACGUCUGUUAAACCUAGCAGGAGGAUACGCUGAACCGGGACAUAAAGGGAAUCAAGAUCUAUUAGUUAGGGAGGUUUAUGAUGUCGAGGAUGAUGAGAAUAAUGGAAAUGAAGUUGAGGAGGGAAUACCAUUGGUUCAACUACGACAACCUUUGCGGCUAGACGAGGAUAAGGAUGAAGUAAUCUGUUGUGAUGAAACCUCUCAGGAUAAUUCAGAAAUCGAGAUUUUGGAAAAUGAAGCUGGACCACCUGCACCCUCAGUUACUUUUAAAUCUAGAUCUCAGCAAAGUACACAUUUCCAGAUUAUUGGAAAGGAAGCUGGACCACCUCCACUCCCAGUUAAUUUUAAAUCUAGAUCUCAGCCAAGUUCAGAUUUGGAGAUAAUGGAAAAUGAAGCUGGACCACCUCCACCACCAGUUACCUCUAAAUCUAGAUCUCAACCAAGUUCAGAUUUGGAGAUAAUGGAAAAUGAAGCUGUACCACCAACACCUCCAGUUACUUCUAAAUCUAGAUCUCAGCCAAGUUCAGAUUUGGAGAUAAUGGAAAAUGAAGCUGGACCACCAACAUCUCCAGUUACUUCUAAAUCUAGAUCUCAGCCAAGUCCAGAUUUGGAGAUAAUGGAAAAUGAAGCUGGACCACCUCCACCCCCAGUUACCUCUAAAUCUAGAUCUCAGCCAUGUUCAGAUUUGGAGAUAAUGGAAAAUGAAGCUGGACCACCUCCACCACCAGUUACUUCUAAAUCUAGAUCUCAACACAAUUCAGAUCUUAAGAUAGUUGAAAAUGAGGCUGAAACACCCCCAGUUACUUUUAAAUCUAGAUCUCAACCAAGUUCAGAUUUGGAGAUAUUGGAAAAUGAGAUGGGACCACCUCAAGUUUCCGGUGAAUCAAUAUCUCAGAAAAAUACUAAUUUGGAUAUUUUGGUAAAUGAAACUGAACCAACUCCAAUAACCACUGAAUCAAGAUCUCGGCAUUAUUCAGAUCUUGAGAUAUUGGAAUAUGAAGCUGAACCCUCUCGAAUUCCCUCUGAAUCUAUAUCUCAACCUAGUUCAGAUCUUGAAAUUUUGGAAGACGACAUCUCUACUGAAUUUCAACACUACAGACGUAAAAAGAAUCUGGGAAUGCACGUAUAUGAAAGGACACCAGUGACCCAGGAAGUCGUCACCCUUUCUGACUCUGAUGAUUCUGAUCUGGGGAAGUAUAGCCCUGGGCCUUAGAAGGGAUAAAGAGAGAAAGAGAGAGUGGGACCAUAGAGAAAUAAUGCGAAUGCGAUCAAACUUCUGGCUUGUGUAGUGUUUAAACGGUAUCAGAUGAAAUUUAUGGCAAUGUAAAGUGUGAAAUGGUUGUCGUUUUCUCAACACGGAAAUAAAAAAGUAUCACCGAUAAUUUUGUAUCUUCUGAAAAAUGCCUUAUUAUUAUCAGUUCACAAUUACAAAAUUCUCUGCAAUGGAAUUGAGCCAUUUCCUUUCCAUAAUAAAAAGAAAUAUAGAAAAUGACAAUCAUUUUACUGUUUUCUGGUUAACUAAGUACACACAUAAAUUUUGAUAUGAUAAUACAUUAAACCAAAUGGUUAUUUAUAUUUUUUUAUAUUGAUACAUAUUCUAUUUUGAAACAUUUUACUCAAAGUAGUAUAUUUGUUACGCAGCUAUUUUUCAGA